AUGUCUUCCGAAGCCCCCGAGGACACUGCGACCAAGGCCCCCGAGGCGCCCCCGGCCGACACUACUGUCGGCCAGGACGGUGCGGGAGCUGAUCUAAAUGGGUCUGAACUACAGGAACCCGACUACAGCGUGGAAGUCACUCUGAAUGACCUUCAAGCCGAUCCCGACAACCCGCUUUUCUCUGUCAAGUCAUUUGAACAACUUGGACUUGAUGAGCGUAUCCUCAAGGGUCUGUCCAAGAUGAGUUUCCGCAAGCCGUCCAAGGUGCAGGAACGCGCCCUGCCUCUCCUCAUGGCCAACCCGCCUCAGAACCUCGUGGGCCAGUCUCAGUCCGGUACCGGCAAGACGGCUGCUUUCGUUCUCAACAUCCUCAGCCGCCUUGAUCUUUCGACCCAGGAGCUGCAGGCCACUCCUCAGGCUCUGAUCCUCGCUCCUACUCGCGAGCUUGCUCGUCAGAUCGUCGGAGUUGUCGAGUGCAUGGGUCAAUACCUUGACGGCCUGAUCAUCGGAACUGCAGUUCCCACAGACUCCAACACCCGCCCCCAGAAGAUGGCUUGCUCUGUUGUGGUUGGCACUCCCGGUACCGUCAUGGACAUGAUGAAGCGACGAAUUCUGGCUUCUGGUGGUAUUCGCGUUCUUGUUCUGGACGAGGCCGACAACAUGUUGGAUCUCCAGGGUCUCGGUGACCAGUGCAUUCGUGUCAAGUCUGCGCUGCCCAAGACCACCCAAAUUGUUCUUUUCUCCGCUACCUUCCCGGACCACGUGACGGAGUACUCCAAGAAGUUCGCCAACAAUCCUAACGAGAUCCGCCUCCAGCAUGAUGAGUUGACCGUUGAGGGCAUCAAGCAGCUCUACAUUGACUGCGCCGACGGCGAGGAAAAGUACAACAACCUGGUUGCCCUCUAUGGUUUGCUGACUGUCGGCUCGUCUAUCAUCUUCGUUCGGACUCGCGCUUCUGCCGCCGAGAUUGAAAAGCGUAUGGUCGCUGAGGGUCACACUGUUGCGUCUUUGACCGGUGGUAUUGAAGGCAGUCAACGUGAUGCCAUCAUCGAUGCUUUCCGCAGCGGUCAGGCCAAGGUUCUUAUCACGACCAACGUCCUUGCCCGUGGCAUUGAUGUCUCGACUGUUUCCCUCGUCAUCAACUACGACAUUCCCGAGGAACAUACUCAGAACGGCCGUCGUGGUGAGCCCGACUACCAGACCUAUCUUCACCGCAUCGGACGUACCGGUCGUUUCGGUCGUAUUGGCGUUGCCAUCUCAUUCGUUUCCAACAAGGAUGAGUGGACCAUGCUGAGCAAGAUUCAGUCCCACUUUGGAUGCCAGAUUGACCGUAUCGAUACCGGUGACUGGGACGAGGUUGAGGACACUAUCAAGCGCACUAUCAAAAACUCGCGUGCUCAGGCCGGCUUCGCUCUUCGCAAGUAA